CUUAGAUAAUAAUAUCAUAAUAUGGGUUACUAACUGCAGUUGAUCGUGUACCGUUGGCGUGUUCGAAUGUCCAAUGAAACUUUUUUUUUAUUUCCGGUAAAAUAUUAUUUAUUUUUCAUGCAUAAUAUAAUUAUAUUAAAAAGUGACAUUCGACGGCUGUGAUAUAAUUUAAUCGGAUUUAUUUUGACUUUAGUUUCCACUAUUCGAAUUAGGAACCUAAAAUAAUAUUACAUAAAAAAAAAAUUACAAUAUUCACCUACAAAAUAACGACCUGUUGUAUUCUAGUAAGUACGGUAACUCAUAUAUAUUAUUUUUGUUAUCGAACGACGCGAUUUUAUAAAAACCAUAUUUACCGUUUUUUGUUAUAGGCGCUGUACAAAAAUCGUUUUCUUCCGCACAAGUCCAUUAACAAAUUAUUAUCGCUAUUAUUAUUAAUAUUAUUAUUAUUACAUAAUUGAAAUGACCGAAACUGGCGCAGUUCUCGAUGAACCGCGAAAAAACGACGCGGACGACGAACAACCGAUCGCAGCCGGCGGCGUUUGGUCCCGGAUAUGUCGUGUCCUCCUCGGAAUCCACGUGGAACCGUUUGUGUGCUUUUACAUCAUGUCACGGACCCUAAUGCUGUUGCCCACGCAAAACUUGAGUCUUCAGAAGGCGUGUCGGGUGAAUCUGAACCUUAGCGACGAUACUUGCACGGCGUUGGAUAACCCUAAUGGUCGUGUUUCCAUUAACUCGAGCUGGCACAAAGAUGACGAAGUGGCCACGCAGCGAAUGGUGGCCGACAUGUUCGUAUGGCAAUUGAUCAUCCAGAGCAGCGUGCCGUGCAUACUGGCCAUAUUCAUCGGGUCCUGGAGCGACCGGAACCGAAAACGGGUUCCGUGCAUGGUACUGCCUAUAGCCAGCGAACUAAUCCGCGUCAUCGGACUACUAGUGUGCGUGUAUUUCUUCUACGAACUUCCCAUGGAAGCGGUAGGCCUCAUGGAAGCGAUACCCACGUCCCUGGCCGGUGGUAGAAUGGUGUUGUUCAACGCGCUUUUCAGUUACGUCGCGGACGUCACCAAUGUAAGUUUUUUCACCUAUCAUUUUCAGUGCUAUGAACUCGUCACGUCAUAUUAUUACAAAUUAUUACUCUUUGAAAUUAAGUGCAUAAUUUUUCCCGUCAGUUUUCCACUUUUCCCAGAGCAUCCAACUGGAAAAUCGGGAAACUAGAUAACUCACAAUUAUAAAGUGGCCACUGAACUUUUUACUGAUAGAUACGGACGGAACAUUAUUAUGUAAUUAUCGUCCAAACAUCGUUAUCAGUAUGAACUAAAUAAUUCUAGUCCACGCGGUAAUCAGUAAACAAUAGGCUUUCUAAGUUAUUACAUUUAAAUAAAUAUGUUAAGUAUAUUUUCUAGAACGUUUAAACAGCAAAACUUAAAUUAAAAUAGUGAAGUAUGAUUUGACAAUAUUGAUUAGACGAAAUUUGAUUAUUGAUAACGGGAAUAUGUCAAAAAUGAUUUAUUUUGCGUACACUAUUUAUCCGUUAUGAAAAUUCGAAUACAUGAUUUGUAUAAAAUUAUAGAAACAUAUUUACUAUAGUUUCUGUUUUUGAUGUGAUCUUAUGCAUUUAUAACCGGUUUUGAAUACGACGCAGUAACGGUGCCAGGCAUUGCGAGGUUUUUGACAAAAUACUGAAUAGAUGCAUUAAUUAAAAUAACAUUUUUAGGUACCCAUGGUGAUGGAAUUUCAAAACAUGUUUCAGCUGAUUAAGUUAUGUAGGGGAGGGGAGGGUCGGAGUAAGCUGCUAACUUAUCUACCUUAUAAUUUCCAACAGAUACUGCUGCAAAAAGAAUAAUGUCCUAAGUCUCAAGUGUAAACAGGGGCGUCAUUUCAGUUUUUCAUUAGAGAUGCAGACAUUUUAAUAGGGCCAAUUAUUUUUCCCACCACGCCAUUUAUAUAUCUUGUUUGUUUUGUGGAAAUAAAAAUGUAAAUCAAUCGCUUCGUUUGCAUAUAUUCCUAUUUAACAUUUUAGUAUUCAAAUACUAUUAAAAAAUAUUUCUGUUAAAAAAAAAAAAUUAAUAGACUAAAUUUUAAUAUUAUCUAUUUAUUCACUGUCAAUUUGUUGGCAUUGUAAUCACCUUGAUACUAGGAUAGUGUUAUCUUUAAUUGUAAGCCAUGGUAACAAUUUACCGUGGUAAUAAUCUCCCAUGUCUCAUUCUCACAUCUCAAACGGCCGAAUCUCGGUAGACGUAGGCAUUUUUAGUGGUUCUAUUAUACAUUUAAUCGAAGACGGUGUGAUUAUAUAACAUUUUUGCGGGCCAAAAACACACUAACAAAAUAUAAGGUUGUUAAAUUAUACUCUGAAUCCCUCAAAUGACGUCCUUGAGUAUAAACUUAAACUUUGAUAUACAACAUUGGGUCUUUGACUAUUACACUUCACGAACUCAUGUCGGAAAUUUAAUUGAAAAUAUACCUCGAUUUAUUAUGUAACAUCAAGAAUCCGGUAGUUAACACGAGGAGCUAUAUUAUAGCCAAAAUUAAGAUAACUAAUAGUAUUUUAACUGAACUCAAUUUAAGCCGACAAAUAUUUGCACUGAACCGUAUUUUAGCUGAAAAAUAUAUUACAGCAAUUGGAAAUAUCAUUGAGUACUAUAACAAUUACAUGCAAAAUUUAAGUCAAUUAAAAAAUUAUAGCAAUAUAAUCAGGUAUCAUAGAUAAACCGUUUUCAGCACUUUAGGAUACUCGAAUUUGUAGUUUAACCAAAUUUAGAAACUAACCUUUAUCAAUAAAAAAAGGUUAUUUGCCUUGUAAAGAGAACUGUCAAUAUUAUUGUGGUAUCGGUUGAACUAUUAUCACGGUCCUAGUCACGGCUUUUUUCUUAGAAAUUAACUUCCUGCUAUUAGGUGUUUAUAUAUUAUUAUAGUUAAUUUACUUAUCAUACGUAGGUAUAAAUUAAAGCAAUAGAUAAUAUAAUAAAAAAGGUGUAGUUGGGGUGCAUUAAAAGUAUUUACAUCAAUUCCUUCUGUAAAACUACAACUACAAUUGUAUCCACCUUUUAUUGGUCGAAGCAUUCUCAGGAAUUUUCUCAACAUAUGAAAAAAAACAUGGGAAAAUCGGGAAAAUAAGAAAAAUAUUAAACAAAUGUAUACAAAGAAAAUAUAUAGUACCUAGAUAAUUAUUUUACUCUAAUAUGACAUAAUAGUUGACCCAGCAAUGCUUUGCUAUUGCUAUAUAAUAGUAUAGAUGAUAAAAUUAAUAGUUUUCUUGUCCGUGAAGACCAUAUUAUCAUCCAAGUCACCAAGGUAACCCAUAAAUUAACAAAUACAAUUGAAUUAAUGUUCCAAAAAUUCCAAAAACUCGCUCUUCCUACUAGCUAUCCCGUCCGGUGUUGUACGGGCUAAUUUUUUUGUUAUUUCAUUCGUAUCACAAAGGCAGCCCACGAUUAAACAAAAAAAACAAAAAUAAGCAAUUCGUACCAAAUAUACCUAUAAACCCCGAUUUUAAUCCCUUAGAUGUUGAAUUUUCAAAAAUCAUUUCUUAGCGGAAACCUCCGUCAUAAUAGCUUUUUAUGUGCCAAAUUUUAGCCCGAUCCGUCCAGUGUUUUGGGCUGUACGAUGAUGAAUCAUUCAGGACAAGUUAUUUUAUAUUUAUGUAGGUAUAUAUAAAAGUUAGAUGAUAUAUUAUUGAUACAGCAACGCUAUCAACUGAACUCAGCUCAGAAUCGUUUUUUCGUUAGCAAUGAUUUAUUCUUGCUUACAGAUAUACAUUCAAUUUCCCCUCUACUACUUUCCCAACUUCACACCUAUAACAGUGGCCCACCCAUAUGCGAAAUAUGUCCGUAUUUUUUUCUUUUUAUUUUAUAUAAUAUUUCAGUACUUAUAGAAAUAACCCAUUUGAAUCUCAAUACAUCAUUUGAUUUGAUUUUAUUAGGACAUUAUGAAGUAAAAAAGAAAAAAGCUGAUAUUGGGGAUGGAUGCAGUCGCUGUUUUAUGUGAGAAGUUAGAAAGGUCGGAAAAAUACAUUUUUCUAAUUUAUUUAUGUACACAACUAUAAAUUAUUAUUAACGAAAAACAAUUUGGAACAAAAUUCAGUAAGACAUAUUUCGAAGUGCACUAAUGUUUAAGAUUAUCAACAAAAUUUUAUUUAAAACGCUUAUGAAAAAGAAUACUAAUACAUUGACUUUUGUUACGAAGAUAAAAUAAUGAUUCUUAUUUAUGGGUUAACUUGUUAAUAUACGGAUAUAAAAACAAAUAUUAUUAAUUAACUAUGUUGUCAUUGGCAAAUUCUUAUUAGAUCUAUUGUAUGGAUUCUAUGAGUGUAUAUAUAUACACUCAUAUAUGUAUAAAAACGUAUUUUUGGUCGUGAUUAUAGAGAAAAUAUUUAAUUUGUAGUGUUGACGAAGAAAUCAAUAUUGUUCAGUUUCUUCAGUUUAUUAGUGGUAUAAGACAUAAGUAGACAUACAUAUUAUAAUAUAUAGACAUGCAUAAGAGAUGUGUUCUUUGAUUUUUUGUCUAUUGCAUCGUCGAUAGUCAUGCCUCCCAAACAGAAAUCGAUUGAUCGAUCUACAUCUGAUGCACGAAAGAAUAAGAUAUUACGAGCCACGGAAAAAAAGAUUAAAAAAGGAAUAUAAAAGAUAAAAAAAAAUAAACAGACUGACAUACAUUGCACGCGGCUGCAGCCACAGUUGUUGGUGGGAUAUUGGGAAGGUAGGAUACAGAAGGAAAUUCAAUAAAUGUAUGUAAGCAACGAUAAUACGAGGCUGAGAAGAAAACGAUUCUGAGCGCAGUUAAGUUAAUAGUGAUACUUUGUCAAUAAUGUAUAUGUCAUAUUAUGGUAUACUAACACAAUAGACAUUAUAUAUUUUCUUUAAUAAUAUUUGUUUACUUUUGUAGUAAUUUUUCGGUUUUCCAUUGUUUUUUUCCCGGUUUUUCACAUUUGCUGGGAAACUCUAAGGAAAAUCGAAAAAUGACCUCCUUAAAGUACCUUCUUAGUCAUAUUUCAGAAAAAAAUGCUACCAUUGUAGCAAAACAAUAUUACUAGUAUAAAUGUUCACAGAAAAAAAAGUCCAUAUUUUUUUACUUAUACCUACGUUUCUUACAUUUUCCGUUUUUCCCACAUUUGAUUCCGGUAUUUCCCAGGUGUUAUAAGAACCGCUUGAAACAGCAUCAAAUGACCUCCCAAAAGUACCAUGGAGAUAAAAUUUCCUUUCAUAAAAUAAGCUACACAAGAUGCAUAGGUGCAAGAUUUCUGGUAAAAAAGUUUGCACAACAAAUCGAGGAGUAUUUCGCGAUUAAAAUAGUCUGAGCGAGCAAUGGCUUCGGACUCUAGGUACACCCAAAUGCAUUUUUUUUUCCUUGCUUAGGUCUUGUCUUGUCUAGACAAAAUUUUCUACAAAAAAAAACUAUGCCAUUUUUUAUUCGGAGUAAGAUCUACGAACAUACUAUUGACACGUGUAUAACUUUAAUGUAUGUGGUACAUCGAUAACAAUAAAAUCUAUAGUUUAUUAACUAUAGAAAAAAUGUCUAUAGUUAGAAAAACACCAUAAUGCAUUAAAAUUUUAUGAAAAUAUCAGUUUGUUUAUGCUGUGUCCCGUGGCCAAAUAAAUUUGGUACGCAAUGAUGAGAGGCCUUUCAUGAAGCGCGAGACAUUGAUUAAAUGUCCAAUCUAUCUCACCCUUCUGCUGGCAUGGUGCUGAUAUGCUGUAAUUUUUAAUAUUACUGUUUCAGGAGGAAAUGAAAACAUUACGGAUCGGUAUAGUCAACUUGUUGUCCACAAUAGGUAUGGCUAUUGGCACGGCUCUUUCGGGUAUUACAUUUCGGAAGUUGGGUUUCUACGGAGUGUACACGACGUCCGCGUCUUUGUAUGUACUCGGUAUCUUGUACGGAUUGAUAUGCAUCAAAGAAGUAUCUCCCGCGAAGAAUAAACCCGUGGAGAAAAACAGAGAUGGAAUCUUCAAUGGAUUUUUUAACGCCAAACACAUUAAAGAAGCAUUCGAAGUAACUUUUAAAGACGGCCCGUACAACCGCAAACUCAGGAUUAUCAUGUUACUUUGUGUCGCAUUUUUAGUAAUGGGACCGUUAAACGGUUCGUACAUGAUUAUUAACUAUUAUUAAAUAUACAUAAUACCAGGUGAUCCAUUUAAGUGGGCACACUUAUUAUUUUGGAAAGUAUUAAUUUUUCCGGAAUUUGUUUUCUAGAACAUUUAAGAAACAAGCUGCUCUACAACUAUAUAUUUAUGUUAUUUUUUGUCACCCUUAUUUUUGGGGGUAAAACCACUACUUACUUUUGAUUUUCAAAUGGCAAUCUAUAUUAAAAAUUCCAUAAAAAGAUGGAGUAUUAGUUACAAACAAUUUUAGUGUUUACAUUUUUGAUUUCUGUCAAUCCGUUGACAAGAUAUUCCAAUUUAAAGUUUAGGUUGGAGGAGAUUAGUGAAAUAUCAUUAAUUGUGUGGCGGUACAGCAUCCUUUUUAUUAUAGGAUGCCAUUUUAAAAUCAAAAGUAGAUAGCGAUUUUACUCUCAAAAUUUAGGGUGAAUUAAAAUAAGAUAUUUAUAUAUAUAUAAUUGUAUAGCCGUUUGUUUCUUAAAUGUUUUAGAAAAUAAAUUUAAAAAAAUGUUAAUACUUUCCGAGAUAACGAAUAUACCUUCUUAAAUGAAUCACCCGGUAUACUAAAUAUGUUAAUACUUCAAAAAAUUUACUAAAUAUGCUUAUUUGUUUUAUAUCCAGGUGAACUUUCAGUAUCUUAUAUGAACACACGUGUUCGAUUUAACUGGAAUGAGGUUGAUUUCAGUAUGUUUUCCACAUAUUCCACGGUCACGAAUAUAGCAGGUAAUUUUGUUCUAUUGUUUAGAUAUUCUACACAGAAAUUUAAAGACUACUUAUGCACUAAUAUAUAUAUAAUAUCAUAGUCAUAUAAUAAAUCAAGUUAUUCAUAAACAGUUUGUCAGAUAAGUUUUACAGGUUAUACAGAUUCAUUCUCGGUGAGGGAGGGAGAUAAAAGUAAUUAGUCAUACAACCCUUAAUUAUGUUAAAUUUAAAAUUUCCUUAUUCUACUCUAGUCCUUACUCCUUACUCUUCCAUAUGUUCAAAAAUCUUGAUAAAUUAUACAAGAACUAAUCGUUGUAUUUAUUUGUAUUUAUAUGGGUGUCUUACGAUAGAUUGAUCAUCCCGUAGAAUAUAUAGGUAUUAAAUAUUAGAUUAUUAAUUUAUCUAUAUAGAUUAAGUUUUUAAUAUGAUAAAUUUAAUUGAAUAAUAAAAAAAAAUUAUUAGAUUAAACGUAUUAUGAUACAAUGUUCAUAUUAUACAAUGUAUUAUUAUAAUACCCAUUAAUAUUUGCAUUUUUUUUCAAUUUAGAACAUCGUUUGUACGUUUUCAUUAUUAUAAAACACAUGAAACAUAAAAUUAAUAAUACCGAUUAUCUCGACACAAAAGCUAAUUAUACCGAAGUACCUAAAUAAAGGUAGAGGAUUCUGGUAUACUCAUAGAUUUUAUUAUAGAAAUCUAUAUAAGUAUUAAGAAUAUUUAAAAGAGCAAAAGGUUGAAAUCAUAAAGAUUAAAACGAUAAUUUACCAUAAAAUAAGUGUUUUAUCUUAUUUUUAUAAAAUGUACGUAUCUAGAUAUAGGUACCGUAUAUCAUUAAAAACAAAAAAAAAAUAUUUCUGAAUUUCCUAAAAGAUAUACUUAUGAGUACGGCUCUGAUUUCAAUGCAAAAUGCAUUUUUUAGAUUUUUCUCCAAAUUUUAAUGAUAUCAAUUUUUCUUAAAAAAAAUUUUACUGGGGAAGUACUUUAAAGAAAUCAUUUUUUGUUUUUCUCGGGAGUUUUUCCAGUAAAUGUGAAAAACCAGGAUAAAACAUGGGAAAACCGAGAAAAACGUAGGAAAAUUGGUACAACAUUAAACAAAUAUUACUAAAGAAAAUAUAUAAAGCCUAUUUAAUUAUUUAACUAUAAAAUGACAUAUUUAUUGUUGACAAAGUAUCCCUAUCUACUGAACUGCGAUUUUGUCGCAAUGGUUUAUACUUGCUUACAGGUAUACAUUAAACAACCUUAACAGUGGCUGCUCCCGUUUUUCUAGGACGUCUGUAAGGUACUGAUUUAAAUGCAUUUAAAAUCCGUCAAAAAGCCCCUAAGUCGUCAAAAAAGCACUUAAUCAUAUUUAAAAAACCAAAUGUGGGGAACGAGUACUAAAGUACCUACUCUCGACAGUUCUUAUCCUAUUAAAUACAUUUUUCUAACACUGACAAAUAAUUAAUACAAUACGAUUUAUUUUUUAACACGUACAAAUUUAUUUGAAAAAAAUUGCUUUGAAAUAAACAUUUUUUACUGUUAAAAAUUUAUUUCUUAUAAAAUAGAAACCACCGGAGGGGAAACUUUUAAACUUCUCUAUCUUUAUUGCUCUUUUAAAUAUUUUUUUAGUGAUUUUUAAGUGCAUAUAAAUGCGUACCGUACCUAUAAGUAACGAAAUACUUUUCAAAUUUUCCAGAAAUUAGAGGGGGAGGGGUGGCAAUCCUUUCAAAUUUCCUCAGCUACGCCACUGAGUUUAUAUGCAACUCAUAUUGGGUGAUUAAAAUAACGGUGACAAAAAAAUAAUAAUAAAAAUGUCAAAAUUUCUAUUAUUUUAUUCGAUUUUAAAAUUUUAAUUUUAUUUGUUAAUUUUACUUAUUAUACGAAAAACAUAUUAUGAUAGUAUAUUAUAUUUGAUAACAUCGAAUUUGAAAUGACACGAAAAAACGUUUAUCGGGUGGGUUUUCUAACAUUUAUUGUCUAUAUAAUCAAUCAUUGUUUAGAAGUUUUACUCAUUUUCUAUCAGAGCGAGUGCUACGAUAUUUUCAGGAUACAUAAAAACAAUAAAAAAAAACAAAAAAACAUAAUGAAGAUAAUAAACAUACCAACCAUAUAACGAAAAUGAAUUAAGAGGACGUGAUACUAAGAGGACUAACAGCGACAUAUCAAAAUUAAGUUUCUUAGAACAUCAUCUGAGGUGUUUAAAUUAGAAUUAGAGUUUAAACACAAUUAAUACAUUUUAAAGAGAAGAAUAUUUUCGAGGGCUGUACGUAUAUUUUUUCUAAAAAUAUUUGCAUACAAAUAAUGUAAUGCCAUAUAAGAUUUUGUUUUGACAAGCUGUAACUUUUUCGGUGUUAAUUUUUUAAGAAAAAGAUACAGCCAAAUCAUUGAACAUAUUCUGCUCUUUAAAUUGUAUAAUUUGUUUAAACUCUAAUUUCAACCAAAAAGCCAUAAUUUAUGUUAUGUAAUAUAAUUUUGUCUAUGUCAUCCGUCAGUUCGAUGAAGACAACACAUAUGGGCAUCAAGUAAUCUUUAUAAAAACCACAACAAUAAUAAUAUCAGUCCUGCACAAUAUAAUAUUAAUAAAUAAAGUGAUAAUUAAAAUAUAGUAAACUAGAAAUAACUUAUCAUGUGAUUUAUGUGACGUAUGUGAUUUAAAAUAAGAAUCGAAUUAAAAUAAUCUAAUAUUUUGUAUAUUAUAGAACCAAUGUUAGUUGUAUUUGUAUAUCAGAACGAAAACUGUUAAACAAACACAAUAGUGUGACUUUAGACACGUGUAAUGUUCUUUUUUGUAUGAUAAACUUGAUUUAAUUAUUAUAGGUACAAAUAUAAUGGUUUAUUUCAGUUUAAUAAUAAUUGCAAUGUAAUUUAAAACAAAGAACGAAAGAUAACAAUAAUUUGUAUUGUUCUUUGUUUUAGGCACAGCACUAUCUAUCGGUUUGUUUAGUCACGUGCUUAAAAUCGACGACAGCCUCAUUGGAGUGAUGGCAUGCGCGGGGAAAAUUGUAGCCGGAGUUUUUUACGCUUUUGCGACCGUCGGAUGGGUCUAUUAUAUGGGUAUGUAGCAUAAUAUAUAAUUUUUUUUUUUUUUAUUAAUAUAAACGUAAUAUUAAGCUACCAAAAAAAAUACAAUAUACAUGCAUUAAAAACCAGUGUUGAGACGCAGAUAAAUAAAAAAUAUCUAGACUAGGGUAAUAGAGAAUUAUUCCAAAAUCAUCUAGGUAAAAGUUAGAUAAUAACGGAAAAAGCUGAUUGCGUUCCAAAGCCAGAUGAACGAAAAAUCGCGUAUGUCGAUUGCGUCCGGCAAAUACCAAUGAGAGAAUCGGUAAGAAUAACGUGCUACCUAUACAAAAAUGGAUACAUACAAAUUGCGUCUCAAAUUAAAUAAUCCGAUAAGUGACUACACGAAUUACGUCUCAAGUUUUUCUGAACGACUACUAGAAUUGCGACCGUCCUACCUGCAAAUUAUAUUUUACAUUCUGAGCAGAUCAUCAAUGAUGUUUAUUUUUUUAACUGUGAACAACUUUUCUACUAGCGAUUUUGGUCCGAUUCACAAUGAUGGAAUUUUUCUGAAAGGAAAUCUAACUGGGGUGGUACUUUAAGGAGAUCAUUUGUUUGAUUUCCCAGAAGUUUUCCCAAUAAAUGAGAAAAACAUGGGAAAAACUGGAAAAAACGUUAGGAAAACGGGAAGAGUUACGAAAUAUAUUAUUUUCAAUUCGUAAAUAUUAAAGCCUUCCAAAAUGUCUCUCCGUUCACUAUCGUUUUUCGUUAGUAAAGGUUACCUAUUGCGCACAGAUGUACACAUUAAAUUCCCCCUCUAUAACCUACCUUCUCAACUUCUCAUCUACAACAGUGGUCCACCUAUCGUGGUAUUGUGCCAAGUAUAACCGUAUCUUUAUAUAAAUAUUAUAAUAUAUACUGUAUAAUUGUAUAAUAUUAUAUAAUAUAUAAUAGUAUAACAUUAUACUUUGCAAUUAUAUUCCAGUUUUAUACAAAUUAUUAUUUUGUACAGAUUAUACUUUUAGUAUAUCUGUCAUCUGUUUAGUCGUAGUUCGUUCGUAUUAUUAUAACGUUGUACUUGUAUACUUCAGGGGGGACUACUGUAUUUCUUCAAUAAUAUUUACCUUUCUGCUAAUUUAUAAACUGCUAUAUGUAAGUUUACGUAGCAUAAUAUUACACGACUGCAUUCCUUUUUCCUACAAUAGUAUUUAUCAUAACUACAUAAUUAUUUAUAAAAUAACUAAGCGUAGGUAGGUAGUUUAAUUUCCAAUAAACUGAAACUAAACUUAGGUUCAUCUUAAUGAAUACAAAUCAUGCAAAUUAAAAUUAAACAACGAAUAAAGACACUGCGUAUGCUGAUAUUUUAUAUUGUCUUUUUGUCCUUAAAAAAACUGUCGAACAACGACUAACGCCUGAUAGUAUUGAGUUACUUUCAGUUAACAAUCUAAAAUCCGGAUUCAAUAUAGGACAUCAUAAUAGAUUAAAUAUAAUAUAUUUGUAGAUAACCAAUAUAUACCAAAUCGUACUCUCCUAUAGAUUCUACAAUUGAUUAUAAUUAAGUAUUUAUAAAUCAAUGAUUCUAUUAAUUCGUAACCGAUGUAAUCGUCUAUGAUAUUUUGAUUUUUAAACUAUGUCGUCAACAACCGAGGGCAAACCACUAGUGAAAAUACUACCAUAUAAUAUAUAUUAUAAUCAUCAAUUUUUCAUUUACUCAAUGUAUUUGUUAUAAAUUAUAAUUUUGUAUGUAUAAAUAUAAAACGGACUGGAAAAGCCAUGCGAGAACAUAUCCGCUCCUUACCCCCUCUCCCAAUGAACGCCCAUUGUUAAGUAUUUUUGGGACGCAAUUCGUUUGCUGCGAUGAAAACUCGUAAAUUGUUUAAUAUUAAAGAAAAACAAUUAUUUAGACUAUACGGAAGUUCUUAAUAUUUUCAAUGUUCUUCAGAGCAAAGUAUUCAGCAAUAAUUAUUAAUUAUUUUCGUUUAACGUAAUUUUGUUCCUAAAUGUAGUUAAGUUGAAAUCACUCUGUGCACUGAACUAUCUGUACAAAAAUAUUUGUGUAGCCAUAUAGGUAUAACAAAUAUGUAUGAUACGACUGAUACGAGUAUAUACUAUUAUUAUGCCGAUUGAAAAUUCAAUAUAAUAGAGAUAAGAUUACCACGAGAUUAAUUGUAACAAUCAACUUACGCUUGUAGUUAUAGGUAUCGAAAUUCACAUUUUUUCAUUUGGGAUGCUUUCGGGAUGCAUACCUGAAACCGGACGUAAUCAAAACUAGAAAAAAGUUUAAAAGGUCAAAACAGGACGCAAUCGGAUGACGUCUGAUAAUAGAUAGGUGGAAUUUAUUUAGACAAAAAAAAAAAAAUGUAAUUGUGUUUGUAUUUAUAUUGUUUGGAAUGAAGUUCACUUUUUUUUUCGCGUAUCACUUAUUCACUUAUUAUGGAUCUGUCAUGUACCACUUAUGACUUAAAAUAAUUGAACUAGGUAUUCAUAAUAUCUAGACAUUUACUUCAAAAUAAUAAGAGCAUACAGCAAUGAAAUACUACGAAAUAAUCAACAUUAUAAAAAUUAAGAAUGUAAAAAUAAUAUUAGAUCCGUUAAAUACAUAUAUUAUACUAAUUCAUUUUUCGUAUUGCUACUACUCGGCUUUCUGCGUACCACCUUGUCGCCUACCGCGUACCACAGUUUGAAAACCGCUUGUUUAAAACAUAAUAACAUGGCAAUAAAAAUAUAUAGUAUACACUUAUAGUUUUAUACAAAAUAACUUUUGUAAAAAAAAAAAAAAAAUUAAAAUUAUAUUUAAACUCAAUUUCAUCGUUUCCUUCUCUUACGCGAUAAUAUAUAUUGUUAAUACGACUUACGAGUGAUUUUUGGUUUUUUUCAGGGCCGCUAGUAGACAUUAUGGGAGGCACGAUUUUCAUAACCGCUAGAUCAAUAAUGGCAAAAAUAGUUCAACCUGACGAACUUGGUAAGAAUUUUUUUUAAUUAUUUAAAUCAAUUUAUUUUCCUAGCUUUGUUUUGCACGUUUGUAAUAAUAUUAUGACAGGACAAGUGACGGCUAUUUACGGAAUCGUCGAGUCUCUCGUCCCGAUCAUAUUCGGGCCGUUAUACACGAUAAUUUACAAAAACACAGUAAAGACACUCCCUGGAUUGUACAGUUUAGUAGGAUCGAUUUUAGCCAUACCAGCCAUUGUCAUAUAUCUGUAAGUAUUAUAGAUUUAAUUUUGACACCAAAACUAUAUUUGUUUAGGUUUUGAGCAAAUCAAGAAAUGUAUCAUUUGGUUUUGCUAAACGGUGUGGUUUUUCCCCGGCUGUAAACAAUAUUCCUACCAAAAAUCUUGCUUCGAUUUUCAGCUUCAGAUGUAGUUUCUGGUUGAAAAUUUUGUUUGUUUAGCGCUCUGAACCGAUAAAUUAGAUUCCAAGUGUAGCGAGGGAAUUAUUGGUUUUACAAUACUGUUUAUUUCUUCUUUUUUGUUUUUUGUUCUAGUAUUUGGACAAGUUUUAUCCUAGAAAACCUAUUCCGAUGUUUAAAUGUAGCAUCUUUUAUGAAAAUUAAUUUUAUCUACUUGGUGAAUACAUAGGUCAUUUUUUGAUUUUCAAAAUGGUAUUUAAAAUAAAAAUGAUUAACCGGAAAAAAAAAACGAUUUUUCAUGAUUUCGUUAUUUUAAAUAAGUACUUGACAAGUUUUAUAGCACAAAUAUGGUUCCAAUUAAAAACCUACAAGAAACCUUUUUUGUUGAAUUUAUAAUCUUGAUAUUAAUGAUGUAGUUUGUUUUUUUGAUUUUUAAAUCAGUUUUCAUAAUAAUCAAAAGAAAAACGUACAAUUUCACGAUAUCAUUAUUUAACAUUAAUACGGAAAGCGUAUAUUUUUAAAAAAAAAACUUUAAUCGAAAAAUGACAAGAAACCUUUUUUGUUUCAUUGUAUUUUUUUUUUAAUAAACGUUUUAAAAUCAAAUUUAAACGAAAACCGCAAAAGACAUCAUGGCACUUCAAAUUAUGUACAUCGACCCGCGCUCGGAAUCGUUUUUCGUCAGCAAUGGUUUAUCGUUGCUUACAGAUAUAAAUGAAAUAACCUUAUGUAUCCUGCCUUUCUAACUUUUCACCUACACAGUGGCUGCUUCUGUCCCCGUAUCAGCUCAAAAGAGCUAAUCAAAAGAUUUUCUUGUAGUUUUUUUAACAAUAGGAAAAAUCAUCGGUAAAGUAGAAAUAUUUACUUAAUAACAUAGUUAUUAUUACUAUCGAUUCUUUUUUUUUUUUUUUGUUAUUCCUUUUAAAAUAAUUGUAGAGACCUAAAAAUUUCACCAAAUACUUAUAUAUUAACAUUUCGACACUUAAUAUAGUUUUAAAAACAUUUCGGCGAUUUUUGAGUUAUUUAUAACCAUUUUAAACUGUCGAAUUUUUAUUUAAUUGUAUGUAAAUAAAAUUGUCUUCACCUAUAGCUAAAAUUCUUAAAAAUUCAACAAAUUAAGUUUUAUUUAGAACUUACUGGUUAAGAAAUUUGAACGUAAAUAUAUAGUUUAUUAUUACUACUAUUAUUUUUUUUUUUAAGCGUUUAUUGUUCAAAUUCUAAUAAAAUUUGGAAAAAUAACGGCGUUUCAAAACUGUUUAACCGACUUAACUCACUUUUCAUUAGCAAUGAUUUACCGUUGCUUGCAAAUAUAAAUUUAAUUAAUCUAAUCUAGUAUGUACCCAUCCUAUCUUUCCAGUUGCCCAACUACAACAGUGAUACACCUAUCAGUAGUAGUAUUUCUUGUUUGAAACAAUUUCAUUAUUUCGACUAUUAAAGCCUUUCAUUCUGAAGCUGAUUAAUUCAACCAUGCCCAAUUCAUUUUAGUAAAAAUAACAGGGUAUGGUUAUUCAAAAUAAAUAAUGAAAAAUGAUAUGAACUAUGUUGAAAAAAAAUUGAUAUUAUUUUAUAUAUCGAGGUAAACGGAAUGUUCCACUGUGUAACCGAAUAAUAAUAAUUUUGUUAAUAUUCAUAUUUUUUUCAUUCGGGUUUGGUGUCAGGAAAACACAAAUGUAUAGAAAAAUUAAAUUUUUAUUUGCCCUUUUUAUCCCCUUUUAUUAAAAAUAACUAUUUUUUCACUUUUUAAAAUUUUCAAAAAGGUCGAUUUCUAAAAUGUAUAACUCUUAAAAUUUGAAUUAUACAUUCGUAUUCAAUCAAUUUUUUCUUAAUAUUUAGAGAAAUGUAUGAAAAACGAGACUACCACAAUAGCGAGUUAUAAUAGUAAUACAAGGUAAUAAAACAUUUAUGUUAGAAAUUAAAAUGGCUAUUUUGAAAAUUUGAAAGAGUGAAAAAUAAAAAGUUAUUUUUUUAAAUUUUUUUCCAGUGAUUAAGACAUGGAAAUAAUAAUUUAUUUUUCUCUGCAUUUAUACAUGCAUUCCGAUUAAAAAAAUAGAUCAAUAUUAACAGAGUUAUUAGCAAUUGGAUGAAACUGUAGGUAUCUAAUAAAAUAUAAUCCUAUUUUGUUGAAUUUAAAAAUUAGAUGGAUGUACAAAGAAAGCCAAAAAUCAAAAAAAGGUGACUAUACAAAAGCAAAUAUUGCAGAAAAUGGUACAAAUGAAGAAAUGCAAAGUCUUUGAACAAUAUUAUUUUUUUAAAUUAAUCUGUGAAAUUUUAUUGAAAAUGAGCACUUAAGAUUUAAAAAAAAUAUCCUAAAAACACAAUGACACAUAUAAGACAAAUUAAACAUUACUAGGUAUUAUAGGUACUUAUUAAUAUCCUAAUUUAAAUUUAUUGAUUUAUUUGUAUAAAAUGGUUUUUGAUGUUUAAAAAAUAGGUGGGUCAAAUCAUUAAAUGAUUUAAGAAGAGACCCAUCUAGAAUUAUUAAAAUCUCUAUUUUUAAUUAGUUAAUAUUACCAUAAUUUAUACGCACGCAAUGCAAUUUUUAUAAACCCGAAUCUUUAAAUAAUAUAAAAACUAUUAAUAAUAGUAUUAAUUAUUCUAAGUAAAUAAAUGCGUUAAAUUUUGAAAAAAAUAUUUUACUUUAAAUUCUUGGAAUUAAUUUCAUAGUAUACAAGGCACCGUUUCUGAAUUCAAAAAAUUCAGAUUUCGUACAUUGAAAAUUGCAUUUUAAAACACUAUAAUCAAUAUGUUAUUUUAUAAAAAAACAUAAUUUUCAAAUUUUUUAUAAAAAAUUAAAUAAGGUCCAUUAUGUAUAUUGAACAUCAAAAUCGUAUUGUUUAAUUGUACUUACUUAAAUAGUUAUUUAGUGCCGCCUCAUUGUUAUUAUUAUUAUUAUAAUCAUCAUUUGUAUUAUGUAUAUUUUUUAAUUAUAAGAUUAAUUUUAUUAUAAUUAUAUUGUUUACUGUCUACUGGCGGUUACUGAUACAUCGCUUGAACUUUUACUAGAAUCAUACAUAAUUAUAGUCAGUCAAAGAUUAACCUAAUCCUAUAAGUAAUUAGUUAGGUAUUGGUAUACAUUUGUUCUUAUUUUUAUUUUAUUAUUAUUUGUUUUAUAAUCUUUAGCAUCAAUGUAAUUUAAAACCUACUGGGAACUGUCGAAACUUGACCAAUAUUAAAAUAUUUAAUUAUUUACAAUAUAGAAAAUAUUAUUUAAAUAUUUUGUAAAUUGGUAUAUAUUAUGAUAUGGUAUAAUAUAUAAAAACAUAAGUUAUUUAAGAACGACAUUUAAGCAAUUGUAUAAUUCAGUUUAUAUUAUAUACAAUUUAUUUAAGCAGAGCAAUAAGCCAGCUGUUCUUGUUUUUUUAUAUAAUGUGUUCAUAUUAUUUGUUGAAUACAUAUUAUACGUGAAACCUUCGUGUAAAGUUAUAUUGUAAUGAAUUAAAUAUAGUGAUAUGUAUAAUGUUUAUUUUUCAUACGUAUUUUCCAUGUAAUCGAAUGUCCUGAAAAUAUAAAGAAAGGGAAAUUAAAAAUUACCUUAAGAAAAUUGUCAGUCCCUGCA